UUUUGAUACGAUCGGUCGAUUAAAACGUCGCGAAAGGAUUAUACCAAGGAUUAUAUACGUUACUAGAGAAAAGAUCAGGAUUAAUUUCAGCAAACAUCAAAUAAACAAUUACUUCUCUUCAACAAAAGUGCUUAAAAUGAGAAGUGCACUUUUUGUCUUGGCGCUUUGCGUUGUGGCCGUUGCCACCGCAGCUGGCGAUAAUCAUGAGCGCAAGGUUCGCGCAGCUGAUGGCUAUUUCUACCCGACACCUAAGGUGCCGUUCGAUUUGCCCAAGCCGACCACUCGUCCUCCUACAACCAGGCCUCCAGUUACAUACCUGCCACCCACCAACAAGCCAAAUACUCCAGCGACAACUCGUCGUCCACCACCACCACCACCACCACCAACACGACCAGUUACUCGUGCACCUACUCGUCCACCAACAACUUACUUGCCACCAGUGACAACUCGUCGUCCUCCACCACCACCACCACCACCAACUAAAAUUGUGACCACUCGUCCACCCCCACCACGUACUCCAGCUCCAACUUACUUGCCACCAGUGACCACUACUCGUCGUCCACCACCACCACCAACAAAAAUUGUGACAACUCCGAGACCUACUACUCGUCCACCCCCACCACCAACAAAAAUUGUGACCACUCCAAGACCUACUACUCGUCCACCCCCACCACGUACUCCAGCUCCAACAUACCUGCCACCCACCAAUCGCCCAAAUCCUCCAGUUACAACCACAAUUCGUACCACCAGGGCUACCAUUCCAACGACUCGUAGACCAACUCCCCCAGUGACUCGUCCACCACCACCACGUACUCCAGCCUCAACUUACUUGCCACCAGUGACUCGUCCACCAACUCGUCCACCAACAACUCGUCCACCAACAACCCGUCCACCAACAACUCGUCCACCACCACCACCGACUCAACGUUCUAGCACACCAGCUCCAACAUACCUGCCACCUACCAACAAGCCAAAUACUCCAGCGACAACUCGUCGUCCCCCACCACCACCACCAACACGACCAGUUACUCGUCCACCCACCCGUCCACCAACAACUUACUUGCCACCAGUGACUACUCGUCCAACCCCACCAAGAAUUGUUACCACCACUCCUAGACCCACUACUCGUCCACCCACAGUACGGACUCCACCUCCAACUUACUUGCCACCAGUGACUACUACUCGUCGUCCACCCCCACCACCAACCAAAAUUAUAACCACUCCAAGACCAACCACCCGUCCACCUCCCCCACGUACUCCAGCUCCAACAUACCUGCCACCCACCAAUCGCCCAAAUCCUCCAGUUACAACCACAAUUCGUACCACUAGGGCUACCAUUCCAACGACUCGUAGACCAACUCCCCCAGUGACUCGUCCACCCCCACCACGUACUCCAGCCUCAACUUACUUGCCACCAGUGACUCGUCCACCAACACGUCCACCAACAACUCGUCCACCAACUCGUCCACCACCACCACGUACAACCAGACCACCAAUCCCAUCAACAUAUCUGCCUCCCGUAGUUCGUACAACUCGCCCACCUCCUCCACCAGUAACCCGUACUCAGCCCCCUGUAACUCGCAGACCCCCCGUGCCACCAGCACCGACUAAGCAUCAGGGUUACCAAUACCCUAAGCCCAACAUUCCCUUCGAUUUCUAAGCUAUCUACUCAAGGUCACCCAGCGCACAUUUUUGCGCUGAGUGACGCUUAAUUUCAUUUCGAUUGAAAUUAAUUAAAAAGCUAUCUUAGAAUCGGGAUGCAGCAUAUGAAUCAGAUGCUUUAUAUCUAGCAACGCAAUACCAACCAUAUGUCUAGGGCUAGAUAGAUCUAGUCAAUACAGUCUAAAUGAUUUUUCAACGUUUCACGAUGGUGCUAGGGACAUGAAGCCACUGAACCGCCACUGAAGCGUCAGCAAGAAUUCAAUUUGUUUGUUUUUAUGAAUUAAUCAAAACGCAUACUCAUACAAUUAGGGAUCAUUAGGGUCACAGUACACCGAUGUACCCGUUGUUGUACAACUCAAAACUGAAAUCCUCAAAACUCUCUUCCCUUAUCCCAAUUCCUAUCUUCCUACCUAGCGACCUAUCUGUCUACCUACGUAUACCUAUAACUAUCGCAAAUCUUGUUCAAAUGUUCUAUUAUUAUUUGUCUCCUCAGCGCUUAGUGUGCCUCAAGACUAUGUAGCUCUAUAUAUUACGAUAAACAACACAACAAAAAAAUCUUUUUUUCGAAUCGCUGAAACCUGAUCAAAUAAAUUAAGUUUUUCGAA